AUAAAGUUAAAAUAAAAUAGUUUAUUUUAUAAUUAUAAUUUUGUAAAUAGUGUUUUGAAAAUGGAUCCCGAGAAGAAAAUGAAUAAUGAAGUGACAGUGGACGAUAUCUUAACGAUCCUGGGACCUUUUGGAAAGUUCAAUGUAUACGGUUUUAUUUUAAUAUUAUUCCCCGUGUUUUUGGCGGGAAUGUAUUCUUCAGUUUAUAACUUUGAAGUUAUGGAUCUCAAAUAUAGAUGUGCAGUACCAGAAUGCGAAGACAACCCCCACCACAUCAACUUCACGAUACCACACGACAUGGACGGUGAACCAGCCAAGUGCCUGCGCUACGCACCAUUCUCAAACGUGACAAACGCCAACUCAAGCCAAUGCUCACCACACUUCUAUGACACCUCGACGGAGAUCGAAUGUGAUUCCUACGUUUAUUUGGAAGAGCAUUCUAUUGUUAAAGAGUUCGAUCUCGGCUGCCAGGAUUGGAAGCGUUCCCUAGUGGGUACAGUCCACAACGCCGGCUUCUUCAUUGCCAUCCCUCUGACAGGGCUCAUCUCAGACAAGUAUGGCCGCCGUCCAGCGCUCGUCUUCGCCUCGGUGGCCAAUGGAAUAUUCGGAGUCAUUCGGGCAUUGUCGGUUAAUUACGACAUGUUCGUUGUAUUUGAAUUUUUGGAACCUGCUUUUGGAGGCGGCGUUUAUACAGCGUGUUUUGUUCUUGCUCUGGAACUGGUCGGCCCAAAGGGAAGAGUCUUUGUCAGUCUUCUAUUCAACACGAUGUUUAUUCUUGGAGGAGUCACUGUGACCUUACUCUCCUGGUGGCUCCUAAACUGGCGGUACCUCCUCUUCAUCAUCUACACUCCAGCAGUAUUCGUCUUCAUAUACAUCUGGUCCCUCACCGAAAGUUUCCGAUGGCUGCUCAGCAAGGGAAGAUACGAAGAAGCUUUGAACGUCCUCAGUAAAGCAGAGAAGAUGAACAAAGUAAAUGUACCGAAAGACCAUUAUGAACAAGUGGAGAAACAGGCUACGAAACAGAGAGAUGACAGGAAGUGCGAAAAUGAGGAGAGGAACCAGUCGACGUUCAACCAGCUCUUAACUUCUCCCAUGAUAUGGAAAAGACUGUUCAUCUGUUCUUUCCUAUGGAUAUCGUCUACCCUGGUCUACUACGGUCUUUCGAUCAACGCUAUAGAGUUGUCCGGGAACAGUUACGUGAACUAUAUUGUAAUUUUGGUGAUAGAGGCUCCUGCUAAUAUCUGCAAGUUGAUAUUCUUGGAUCGCUUCGGAAGGAAAAGAGUGAUUGCUACGGCAUAUUUUCUGACUGGAUUGAUUUUGAUCAACUAUGGAUUUGUUCCUGCCGGUAACUGGUCAAUACUUCUAUAUCUUGGAGGAAAGUUCUUCAUAACUCUAGCAUAUAACUCUCUGUACGUUUUCGCUGCUGAAGUAUUCCCUACAAACUAUAGAACUUCGUUAUUAGCCAUGUGCUCUACUAUUGGAAGGAUAGGAUCUACAGUAGCACCUCAAACACCUUUGUUGACAAAGUAUUACGAAUACAUGCCAACGAUGAUAUUUGGCACGAUGGCGGCAAUAUCAGGCUUCCUAGUUUUAACAUUACCAGAGACAAAUAAUUUGAAACUACCCGAUUCUUUAAAAGAAGCUCAGGAUCAAGACAAAAGGCAAGAUGUGAAAGAAACAGAUGAAAAAACGUUGGCAGAUAACAAAACUAGGUUAUAAUAGUGUGUUAACCCAAGGAUGUGGUUGGAACAAAGUAAUGAACGAAGAAAUAAGUUGUUGCAUAGCUAGCUUGAGAUGUUUGCCUUCAGUACGAACUCUUCUAGAUUGGCUGAUGUUAUUAUAGAAGCGAGAUGCGACUACGCGUAGCUUAGUGCACUGGACUCUUCCAUAGUGAUACGGCCUUCUCCAAGAGCUUAUAGUAAGCAGGUUGAUUCAUUACAAGUACCUGAUUCCGUAUGUUUUACAUAGAGACUACAUGGCUUAAGGCAUUCUCAUAAUUUCGCAUAAGACCUGUGCAAUAAGAAAACAGAUCUUAUUUCUAAUAGUCUAAGAUGAUACUUGAUGUACAAAUCCGAAUUAAAUUAAACCGGCAAAUAUAACACUUUUAAUUUUGUUUGUGUAAAAGAAGUUAGUGAAAUUGUACCAUUAUUUUAUAAGUGUACUUAUAAGUUUAUUUAAGACUUUGUUUUAUCACAAAAGCUUUCGUGUCUAAUCUAGAAGCCUAAUACCACAUUUUGGAGUAAGGCUAAUUAUUGUGGGAGCGAGAUAGGACUCUACAAAGCAUAGAACGAUGUCCCGUUUCUACAAUUGUAACGGUCCUAUUACAAGAGCUUCAAGAGCCUGGACUAGCUGAUAAUCUUUAUUUAAAAGAAUAAUACUAUAAAAAAAACAUAAAAAACAUAUUCAACGAACGGUAUCUUACUAAUAACUGUAAGUACCUCCUUGUAAAAUAUAAUUACAGUUGGGGAAAGAGAGAGCGCGUUAGACAAUGUAUGACGUCUCUCUUUCAUUCCCGGUGGUCGGGCUUCUGUUUACCAUGAAUGAACUUAGAACCAUAAACGAGUUGUAAAAAUCUAAAAUAAAAAUUAAAGGAUAUUUUAAAGCAACUUAGCAAGGCUUGUGAUAAUUAUUUGUUACUAUUAGAUAAGCUUAAGUGUAAGACGAAAAAGAAACAUGUAAUAUGAAAUAA